AUGUCCAAGAAACUCCAUAUUACAGCUAGCACCUCAUACGAUGAUACUUUUCAAACUGUUCCAGUCAACAGUGGUCGUGCCUUACUGUUUGAGUCAGACUUAGGCUUAGUCCUGGUUCAAAUUUAUAUCAAGGAUUUCAAUGGAAGCAACAAACAUCCUUCAGGGGUACCAACCAAAGAUGAGCCUGAACAUGACAAUCAGUCAAUUCCUAAUUUCAGACUUUUGAUUACGUUAAAGCCAUCAGAGGCAAUUCUGGGAACACAACUUUUGUUUGGUAACGAGUGUUUAACACCUGUCAAGGAUCAGGUUCCUGUCUCCUUAUUAUCCACAGGUCUCAAAUUCUUUUCUUGGUUUAUCAAUCCUUCGAUAAAGACUGAUCUUUAUGGUGACAUGCCAUAUUUAUAUGGUUACGCCCUUAACAGCUUCAGCAAAAUAAACGUCCGCAAAGACAACAAUGCUACUGAUGGGCAUGAAUCCAUAGAACCUCUCGCCGGCAGCACAGAGAACUUGAAUGAAGCUUUAGACGACCAAGAUAUCCCCAUUAAGUCCGAAGGUCGCAAGAAAUAUUUUACUAGUACAGAUAACGCCUCCAAAUUCACAUUUCUAGAAGGCCAAACUUACACUUUCCAAUUUGACACCGAUUUGAUAAAGUUGGGUAAUUCUCAAUACAAGAUUCUGAUUCCAACAUACGGGAACCGCACCUUAGACAUUGAUGUUGCGCAAUAUUCCAACGAAACCUUGAACAAUUUCAACUGGGUUUUGAAGAAGGAUGGCAUCAACGGUGCCAAGCAGGGAACAAUUGGUUUACUCAUCAAUUUUGCUCUCGCCAAAGACGACUCCAGUACAGAUUGA